UUUGUUUGGCUAACCUCGUUAAUCACAAUGCUGAUAAUCCACAUGUCUAAUUUCUUAAUAAAACAAUUCAGUGACAGGAAUCAGGAGAGAUGUUAAUAUAUAUCAAAAUGUUCAAAAAGCUCAGCUUAAUAAUGCAGAAAAAAACAAUAUGUAUAUAUUACAUAUCACAUAUUUAUAUGCAAUUGUUGAGAAGAUGUUAAGUGGAUUUUUUAAGUAAGCUUUAUUUACAGAUCUGUAAUCCUUUCCGAGAAAUAAUUAUGUAAUCUGGCAGUAAUUAUAGGGAAAAAUCAUUAAUUAUUAGGUAAAAUAAUUCAAUCUCCCUAUGUUUUAAACUGCUUGCUGCUGACAAAUACUGUACUGAGAUUACUCUAGCAGUUAGUUGGAAGUAAUUAUGUAAUUGCAACCAAUUUACAGUAUUUUUUCUUGGAAACUUUGCAAUACAGUUGAGAAAUGAUUAUGGAAUCAUGUGGCUCUGAAAAAAAAAAACAUAGAGGAGAAGAAGGAGAAGAAGAAGAAGAGGAAGUUCAACUGGUUUGAUGAACCCACUUGGCUUUUAUUCAGCACCCUGGUUUCCAAAGCGAUGUGGCUCCCUGAGGGGAACCAGCUGAUUGGCUCUGUGAGCUUCAAGCCCGAGUGUGUGUGUGUUUUCGUUAAUGAUCCACCAAUUAGUCACACAGCGGCAACAGUCGACUAAACACCUCGUCAUCCGUCUGCGCUGCCGCGGGUGGGAGCAGGCCGCUCAACUCCUGUUCCAGGGGACGGGGGGCAAAAAAAAACAUGUUUCAGAUCUGAAGAUGACGGGCCAGGCGGCGGAGAGAGACCGGUCGCCACACAAUCUGUCUGUGAAGACCACCUUGGAGGAGGAGAUCGAGAGAGCCGAGAGUAUUCUUAGCAGGGUGCCAUCUGUCUGCGAUGACACGUCCUCAGAGCUGAACAGAGUCGCCGCUCUUGACCCUCAUGGCGGCAACUCCAGAAAUUCUUUUCAAAGGAACGGAGCGAUCUCAAGACUGGUGAGCCUGGUGGUGAGACUGAGGGAAUGGGCGCACAGGAGCCUGUUGGAGGAGGAGGAGCGGCCCGACUCCUUCAUGGAGCGCUUUCGGGGCCCUGAGCUGAGGAUGGCUCCCAGCCGCAACAGCACCACGCAAGACGCCAACGGCAACAAUGCCAAAGGGAACUUCAGGAAAAAGUGGGAUUUGUUUGUGGUGUCCCCAUCCGAUAACGCCUACUACCGUUGGCUAUUCGUCAUCGCCAUGGCGGUGCUCUACAACUGGUUCCUCGUCGUAGCGAGGGCGUGCUUUGACAGGUUACAGGUGGGCAAUUACAUCUGUUGGCUGGUGCUGGACUACCUGUCUGACUUUGUGUACCUGAUGGACACUCUUGUCCGACUUCGCACAGGGUUUCUGGAACAAGGCCUGCUGGUGAAGGACCACGCCAAGCUCAGAGACAGCUACGUCCGAACGUUACAGUUCAAGCUGGACGUGGUCUCCAUCCUGCCCACUGACCUGGCGUACAUCUCCACCGGCAUCCACACACCGCAGCUCAGGUUCAACCGCCUGCUGCGCUUCCCACGCAUGUUUGAGUUCUUCGACCGCACUGAGACACGCACCAACUACCCCAACAUCUUUCGUAUCGGCAACUUGGUGCUUUACAUCCUGGUCAUCAUUCACUGGAACGCCUGCAUCUACUACGCUAUAUCCAAGUCUUUGGGGUUGGGCUCAGACACUUGGGUGUUCCCGAACAUCUCCAAGCCUGAGUUUUCCUCCCUGACUCGGAGUUACGUCUACUGUCUGUACUGGUCCACACUUACCCUCACCACCAUUGGAGAGAUGCCCGCACCUGUGCGAGACGAAGAGUACCUCUUUGUGGUCUUUGACUUUCUUGUCGGGGUACUGAUCUUUGCCACGAUUGUGGGAAACGUGGGCUCUAUGAUCGCCAACAUGAACGCCACGCGUGCUGAGUUUCAAGCUCGGAUCGACGCCAUCAAACACUACAUGCACUUCCGCAAAGUCAGCAAGGAACUGGAGACGCGUGUGAUUAAAUGGUUCGACUACCUGUGGACCAACAAGAAGGCAGUGGACGAGCAGGAGGUGCUGAAGAACUUGCCAAACAAAUUGCGUGCUGAGAUAGCUAUUAAUGUUCACCUGGAGACUCUGAAGAAAGUACGCAUUUUUCAAGACUGUGAGGCAGGACUGCUGGUGGAGCUGGUGCUCAAGCUGCGCCCGCAGGUCUUCAGUCCGGGGGACUACAUCUGCAGAAAGGGGGACAUAGGAAAGGAGAUGUACAUCAUCAAAGAGGGGAAGCUGGCAGUGGUGGCAGACGACGGGGUCACACAGUACGCUCUGCUCACCUCCGGCAGCUGCUUCGGGGAAAUCAGCAUCCUGAACAUAAUAGGUAGCAAAAUGGGGAAUCGGCGAACAGCCAACAUCCGCAGCUUGGGCUACUCUGAUCUCUUCUGCCUCUCUAAGGACGACUUGAUGGAAGCAGUGACCGAGUACCCAGAUGCUAAGACUGUUCUGGAGGAGAGGGGCCGGGAGAUCCUGAUGAAGGAGGGUCUGCUGGACGAGAACGCAGAGAGCGGCGGGCUACAGAAAGAAGACACGGAGGAGAAGGUGGAGAGGCUGGAGUCUUCCUUGGACAGUCUUCAGACUCGCUUCUCCCGUCUGCUCAGCGAGUACACGCACACUCAGCAACGGCUGAAGCAGCGCAUCACUCUGCUGGAGCGGCAGCUCAAUCAGACGGACUGUGGAGCAGACCCGACAGAUGACACAGGCGCAGAUGCAGAGACAGGCAAUGAAACAAACCCCGGGCCUGUUGUUGGUGCAGACGGGUCGCCGCGACGAAAUAAUGUGCAAAUAGAGGACAAAAAGAGCCCGACAUCAAAACAUUAAGUGUCACUCAGGAGAUGCACAUUUCCUGAGAUACUUUGAUUCAGGCUCAUUAAGAGUAUAGAAAAACUACCAUUGUGAGAACGCUUUUAUCAGUUCAGCUGAGUGUAAAAAGAUGCAUGUCAAUAAAAAAUGAAAAGAAAGAGGAAAACACUGCUCUGUCCACGCAGACUCUGAGUUCUUGUCUAUGCAAAAAAAAAACAAAACAAAACAAAACAAAACAAAACAAAAAACAGCGAGUUGAAUGUGCGUUUAACGGACUGUCCAAGAUCAUCCAAGAUCAAGGGAUGGAGGGAUGGAGAACACAUUGUUGUACAUUAAAAACCUGAGAAAUGAAGUUUAGAAGUUUCAUUUUAGACCUCAGAGCACUAAAACUUGCUGGUUGUUAUAGUUUCUGUAAACAUCUCGAGUUCAGUUGCGUCAGCAGAGAGAUUCAGUUCUCUUGACAUAUAUUACGCUCCGGGCCUGAACACAUUGUCUCCUGCCACUCCCUCUGAGGAAACAGUCCCAGGAGAGACGCGAGGAGACUCACUCUCUGAGGCGAGCGACCGGGGAUUUUCCAGUUAUUCAGCCUCUGCAUUCCAGGAUACAACUGAACCACAUGAGCGGCGUCGAUAAGCGCAGCUGGAACAAUGCCUCUGCAGCAGGGCCGGCUAAAAUAAAG